AUGACACCGAGCGUCGAAAGCACGCUGGGCUGUUUCACCGAUGAUUCUCCAAUCAGUGCUUGUGCUGAAGGGUUUCUCGCGGAUGUUGGGCCCGCGCGCCCAGCGCGCCCGUCGCUUGCCGCUGGGCCGCCUGGCGACAAUAACAUAACUGCUGUCCGCUGCCCGCUUUCUUUUUCGUCUUCUUGCGCGUGCUCCGCCAGUCGGCGUGACAGCGCGUAUGCUCUAUUUCCAGGCAGCUCAAGCUGCAGUGGCGUCUCUGCUGUCAAGGGUGCCCCCAGAGUUUCCUCCCUCCUUUCCUCUUCCUCUUUCUCCUCCAAGAGUUCCCCCAAGCGUUUCCACAACGGAUCGGGGAACGCAUAG